AUGGAUGAAAAAUCAACUGGUGGGCAUAGAAUUUUUCAACUACAUGAACUAGAGGAGUUGAGGAAUGAAGCUUAUGAAAAUCAUAGAAUAUAUAAAGAAAAAACUAAAACUUUUCAUGAUAAAUACAUUAGUAGAAUAAAAUUUGAUGUUGGACAAAAAGUGUGGUUAUAUGAUUCUAGGCUGAAAUUAUUCCCAAGAAAAUUAAAAUCAAAAUGGACAGGGCCUUAUGUGGUGGAAGAGACAUAUGAUUAUGGGGCUGUAAUGAUUAAAGAUCCUAAAAGCGACCAUAACUUUAAGGUAAAUGGACAGUGACGUGACUUAGUCGUUUUAUAUUAAAUCACGCAAAUAUAAAAUUUAUAAAACUAGAAAAUACAAAUUUUCGGAUAUCUAGAAGUAUUUUUGAAUAAAUAUAUCAAUUAUAAUUCAAUAAAACUUCCAAAAAUAGCGGUAAUUUUCCAAGUCGAUCAUAGGGAUGUAAUAUAAUAUCUGGUAAUUAUUCAGAAAUUUUCCUUAGAGAAUACUAUUUUAUGUGAAUUUUAUACUAAGAAAUGAAAAGGAAAUAUAUUUAAAAUUCACGAAAAAAGGAAAUAAGGAUGCGGACGUCAGGAUGAUUUCAGCGCUCGGCAAACGCGAAUCGGGCGAAAACAGAUUUCUGCCUGGCGAUUCUUACGUAAGCGAUUACAGACGAUUUAAUUAAUCAAAUUAAGAUCUGUAAAAGCCGAAAGAAUCGUAA